AACCUGUAUGAAGAGGAGCGCCAACGGUCCUGCGCUUUGGAGAAAAGCCUGUUUAUCGCUCGCUCUGACCUCGAUAAGAAGGAGGAACAAUUGAAGACUGCUGAACUUUUCUUCCAACGAUGUUCUGUCGGAAUGGACAAAGUCAGUCCGCUGUCGCACUUCAUCAAUUCUGCACAAUCCCCCAGUAGCCAGGUGAAACAACUGACGGCACGCUGUCUGCGCCUGCAGUCCUUCAGGCGCUCACUGACCUACCAAAAAAGUUACCUUAUCCUACUGUUAGGCAGUUUUCAGUACUCCCAACAGGCAGUCACGGCGAGUCUGGGGCGAGGACUGCUCAUGGGUGCUUCGCCCUCCUUCUCCGAUCCACAUUACGGAGCCGCCACCAAUGGCCACUGGCCACUAAGGACCCCACCUGCUGUAGUGCGCUUUCGGGCCGCUGCAACCGUUGUCCGUGUCAUUUAUCGCAUGAAAUUAAUUGUCUCCAGGCGCCAACGUUUGGCUAACCGAAUUCCGUUGCCAGUUCUCCUGGAGUACUCUACACAGAGUGAUGCACGUUUGUCUCGCCUUCUGUUCGACUCCUGUGGGACUCCGACCUCCUCCCACGUCGUCACUGAAGUCUCUCCUUCAAAGUGCGAAUCUCAUCCAACCGUAGACCGUCAAGUGAACGGAACUUCGCCUCUUGUCGGUCGGUCGACAGCACUCAGGUAG